CGUCACUUCCUACCAAGAUCUCGCGGGGUCACGUGACGCCGCAUUAGCUCGCUGCUGACUCUGCUAUGUUCGCGCCAACGUUUUAGAAAUGCCUAAUUUCGCGAUUUCAUCGGUGCGUCGAAUCGUCGGGACGCGGCGCGUCCGUCCGGAGACCCGUUUUCACCGACGCCCGGCGAGAACUUUGACUGCGAAAACGGGCCCGCGCGUCACGUGACCAGCAUGCGGCUGGAGCGUUUGAUAAAAAAAGAUGGCGUGAGCUCAGCGGAGCGAAGAGGACAACAAACUGCCGAACCGGAGCGGCGAGAGUGGCUGCUGGACUGUCAAAUGGAUCCUGGUCAGGAUUUACUUCUUGCUGCCCUGAGUGAGAGUGGCAUUUGUCCAAAUGAUUUUGGCCUGUUUGAUGUUGAUUCUCAGGAUGCUGCACAGCCCUCUACAGCCCAGCAAUCGAUCUCUAUCGGCGCCCUGGAUGUCGGUGUGGGGGCAGAGUCGGUGGAAGUUAUUCGAAGUGAGCCUCCUGCUCCAGUCCCUAUAGUUACUAUCAGGCACAAACCUCAGCCAUCGACCACCACGUUUGUCUUAAAUCAGCUGAAUCAGUUGCCGUCACUUGGAGCUAAUGUGACCAAACAAUCAGUUGCAAACCCCAUCAAACAUACUAUAACGGUCACCAAAGUGGUCCAUGUGACUAACUCAGCCCUGCGAGGAUGUUCGAGCCCCUCAGUCACAACUACUCCUCCGUCAGCGUCUACAUUAGUGCCUUCUAACAGAGAGCAGCAGAUUCAGUUGAAAGACCUCCUUCGGUCCGGCAAUGUGAAGAGCGCGGGUCUGAAGGGCAACAGCCUGAUGGAGCUCAUGAGGCUAAAGCCGCCACCCAACAUUGCUCCACCAGUAGCAACGGCAACAGCCACAGGUGAUAUGAACAAUGGGAUCAAGAAGGAAGUUUUUGGUAAAGAUGCUGCCAGGAUCUGGAUUAAUGAUGACAUCAAAAUGCAAACCUUCCCGCACUCUCUGAAAAUCCCUGGGAUGAAAGAGGAGGAUGAGCCCGAGGAGGAAGAGGAGGAUGAACUGGGCCACGCAGAGACUUAUGCGGAGUACAUGCCAAUGAAAUUGAAGAUCGGCCAGCGGCAUCCCGACCCCGUGGUGGAGACCAGCUCGCUGUCCAGUGUCAACCCUCCGGACGUGUGGUACAGGCUGUCCAUCUCGGAGGAAGUCAUCGAUCGAGGCUGCCUGUCGGCUCUGCAGCUGGAGGCGAUAACGUAUGCGGCUCAGCAACAUGAGACUUUCCUCCCCAGCGGCGAUCGGGCUGCUUAUUUAAUCGGAGAUGGUGCCGGUGUGGGGAAAGGUCGGACCAUUGCGGGAGUCAUUUACGAGAACUACCUUUUAGGCAGGAAGAGAUCUCUCUGGUUUAGUGUCUCAAAUGACUUGAAGUACGACGCUGAGAGGGACCUGAGGGACAUCGGAGCCAAAAACAUCCAGGUUCACUCGCUGAACAAGUUCAAAUACGGGAAGAUCUCCUCAAAACACAAUGGGAGUGUGAAGAAAGGUGUGAUAUUCGCCACAUACUCUUCUCUGAUUGGAGAGAGCCAAUCAGGAGGGAAGUACAAGACCAGAUUCCAGCAGCUUCUCCACUGGUGCGGAGAGGACUUCGACGGAGUCAUUGUGUAUGACGAGUGUCACAAAGCCAAAAACGUGUGUCCUAUCGGAUCGUCCAAACCGACCAAAACCGGGCUCGCUGUGUUGGAACUGCAGAACAAGCUCCCCAAGGCUCGGGUCGUGUAUGCCAGUGCUACAGGUGCCUCUGAACCGCGGAACAUGGCCUACAUGAACCGUCUGGGCAUCUGGGGCCAUAAGACCCCCUUCAGAGAGUUUGGCAACUUUAUCCAAGCCGUUGAGCGCAGAGGUGUUGGCGCCAUGGAGAUAGUAGCCAUGGACAUGAAACUCAGGGGGAUGUACAUUGCCAGGCAGUUGAGUUUUACCGGUGUGACGUUUAAGAUUGAGGAGGUUCCCCUGACCCAGCAGUACAUCAACAUGUACAACAAGUCUGUGAGGCUGUGGGUCAGUGCCCGUGAGAGGUUCCAGCAGGCGGCGAACCUGAUGGACGCGGAGCAGCGCAUGAAGAAGUCCAUGUGGGGCCAGUUCUGGUCCGCUCACCAGAGGUUCUUCAAAUACCUCUGCAUUGCCUCCAAGGUCCGCCGAGUGGUGCAGCUCGCCAGAGAGGAGGUCCAAAACGGAAAGUGUGUGGUCAUCGGGCUUCAGUCCACCGGAGAAGCCAGAACGCUGGAGGCCUUGGAGGAAGGAGGAGGAGAGCUCAACGACUUUGUGUCAACUGCAAAAGGUGUGCUGCAGUCCCUCAUUGAGAAGCACUUUCCAGCUCCUGACAGACAGAAGCUUUACAGCCUGCUCGGCAUCGACCUCCCGACCAAGAAGGCCCCCGCUGAGACAGCGGCUCAGCAGGAACAGAAGGGAAAGAAGAGGAAAGGUCCGGAGGUGAAGAAGCAGCAGCAGAAGAAGAAACCCCGCCAGCACGGCGGCCUGUCGGGCACCAGCUCGGAGGAGAGCCAAUCAGAGGACUCGGACAGAGAGUCGGUGAAGGACAGCGACGAGAGCGUAAAGUCGCUCAGCUCGGGGGACGAAGACGACGACUUCAACCCGUUCAGAGACGAGUCCGAUGACGACGAGGAAGACGAUCCGUGGCUCUUCAGAAAGGAACCGAAGAAAGGGAAAGAGAAGAAGAAGAAAAAGAGGAAGAGGAGCGUUGAUCCUGACUCCAUUCAAAGUGCCUUGUUGGCCUCUGGGCUGGGCUCCACCAGGCCUGCUUUCACUGCCCCCGUUGCCCCCCCCAGCACCCCCGCCAUAGUCAAGGCAGAGAGUCCGCUCACCUGUCUGACGAGCCAGGACGCCGUGGAACACGCUCAGAGGAUGAAGAAAGAGCUGCUGGACAAACUGGAAGAUCUGGCUGAGGAUCUUCCUCCCAACACUCUGGACGAGCUGAUCGACGAGCUGGGGGGCCCCGAAAACGUAGCUGAGAUGACGGGUCGCAAAGGUCGCGUGGUCAGCAACGACGACGGCAGCAUCACGUACGAGUCCCGCUCCGAGCUGGACGUCCCGGUGGAGAUCCUCAACCUCACAGAGAAGCAGAGGUUCAUGGACGGAGAGAAGAACAUAGCCAUCAUCUCGGAAGCGGCCAGCUCUGGUAUUUCCCUGCAGGCGGAUCGGCGGGUGAAGAACCAGCGGCGGCGGGUCCACAUGACACUGGAGCUCCCGUGGAGCGCCGACAGAGCGAUCCAGCAGUUCGGGAGAACUCACCGGUCAAACCAGGUCACGGCUCCGGAGUACGUCUUCCUCAUAUCGGAGCUGGCGGGGGAGCAGAGAUUUGCCUCCAUCGUUGCCAAAAGACUUGAAAGCCUGGGAGCUCUCACACACGGAGACAGAAGGGCGACGGAAACACGAGAUCUCAGCCGGUUCAAUUUUGACAACAAAUACGGAAGAAACGCCCUGGAGAUCGUGAUGAAGUCCAUCGUGAAGCUGGAUUCUCCCCUCGUGUCGCCCCCCGCUCACUUUAAAGGAGACUUCUUCAAAGAGAUUCAAAGUGGAUUAAUAGGUGUGGGCCUCAUAAACGUGGAGGACAGGUCUGGCACAAUGUCACUGGACAAAGACUACAACAACAUGGGGAAGUUCCUCAACCGGAUCUUGGGCAUGGAGGUCCAGCAGCAGAACGCCUUGUUCCAGUACUUCUCCGACACGCUGGCAGCCGUCAUUCUGGAAGCCAAGAAGAGCGGCAGAUACGACAUGGGCAUUCUGGAUCUGGGCAACGGGGACGAGAAGGUGAAGAAGGUGGACUGCAGGAAGUUUCUAACGCCGGGCUACACCACGUCCGGACAUGUGGAGCUCUACACUGUGAGUGUGGAGAGGGGGAUGUCCUGGGAGGAGGCCACGCAUGCCUGGGCAGAUCAGAGCGGACCAGACGACGGGUUCUAUGUUCAGAUGAGGAACAACAAGAAAACUGCCAUCCUGGUGAAGGAAGUGAACGCCAAGAAGAGGCUCUUCCUGGUUUACAGGCCCAACACCGGCCGGCAGGUCAAACUGGAGGUCUACGCAGACAUCAAGAAGAAGUUCAAGAAGGUGUUGUCCGACGACGCCAAGCAACACUGGAUGGAUCAGUACACAUCGUCAGCUCAGAUCUGCUCCCACGCUUACUGGCGCGGUAACUGCAAGAAGGCGUCUGUGGGGCUGCAGUGCGAGGUCGGCCUGCGCUGCCGGACCUACUACGUCCUGUGCGGCUCGGUGCUCAGCGUGUGGAACGAGCUGGAGGAGGUUCUCACUCCGGUCAGCGGAACCAACGUGAAGGUUCAGAUCGUCAGACUGAGGACAGAAGACGGACAGAGGAUCGUCGGACUGAUCAUUCCAGCGAACUGCGUGUCUCCGCUGAGCAACAAGCUCUCCACGUCGGACCAGAGCCAGCAGCUCGCCGUGCAGGAGCUUCAGAAGCGCCAGCAGCUCCACCCGCAGAGCCUCUGUCACGCUCCCAGCACAUAGCCUGUGGGGGGGGCCACGCUCAAAGCCCUCAGCCUGUGGGGGGGGGGGGGGCACGCUCAAAGCCCUCGUCGAGUUCGCCUCCUCGCGAGACCCCCUCCCUGGCGUCUCCUAGCGUCGCUCCGAGCUGCUGAUCCUCAGACGCGUAGCGGCGGUUGUACAGAGAAGAUUUCAGGGUUUUCUUCUUCUUUCUCUUUUCUUUUUUUAAAAUCUCCGGAGACUCUUGUUUUUCACCUGGACAGAUGUUGAUGGGUGAUGUUUUUGUCCUCUGACAUUCAGAGUGGGAAGAUGUGUGACGUAUUAAUGGCGGCCCCCCCGGGGGGGUGGGGGGGGGGCGCUACGAGCUGUCGGCUCCUCUUAGCUGGUCAGCCCUGGACCGCCUGGUAUGAAGCAAAGACUUGUUCCUGGAUCAGACCAAAGGUGGAGGAGACGUCUUUUUAAAGUCUGAUCCCAAAAAGUAAAAAAAAAAAAAAACAGUCAUUUGAUGCUGGGCUACAAUUCCAUAUUUAUAUAUGUAUCUAUAUAUAAAUGUCAGUUAGCUGCUCGGACGUGAUUCUGCUCUCGUGCAGUGAGAUUUCGUUGAAGUAGGAACCCGAGGCCACUUUACCAGAGGAGAGCUUUCUGCUCAUCGGGAGCCAACAGGAUCCGUUUGUUUUUCCAUUUCAGGCUUCAUCGUUUUGUUCCCCUCAGUCCGCGUCGGGGCUCUAAUAAUCCCACCCGCCGCCAUGGAGUCCUCAGCCAGUCACGCCCCUGCUGCACUCUUUCCUCAUGUUCAACACAAAAUAUAAAUGCACACGUGUCACCUGCAGCUUUAGUUGUCCGUCUAGACUGUUCUGCUGGGUCCUUCCAGAUGUUCCAGAUGUCUGGCUUUAACCUGACAUGAUGGGACUACAUGAUCCUUGCUGUGAUCAGCUGCUCGCUUCUCUUCGGUCGUCCCAACCGUUGAGUUUGUGUUGGUGGAUUCCACCUUUGGUCUGACAGAUCUCCUGUCAUGUUGUGACGUAUAAUAUACAGUACAAGGACGUUUUAUUUAGAUGUUAAAUGGACUUCUGCUCAGGGGUUUAAACUCUUACAAAGACCCUCUUUUUGGAAAACAAAUUGUUCACCAAGUAUCUGAAACGCAUGAACGAAACCCCAAAUGCUGCUUGGACGCCUCGUCGGUCCUCCGUGGUCAUCUUCUGUUCCCGGUGAAACGGGCCCAGCUGCUGCUUCUCCUCGUCGCUUUGACUUCGAUCUGCACUGGAGGGACGCGUCGUGAACCUGUGGAUGAGCUCCUGUUGCUAACUGGUCCUCUUUGGUGCGUUCGCCUAACGAGUCUUUGUGUCAUACCAAUGUGCAUUUUGUACACUUUGUAAACAAAAGAGACGUUAACAACGCCGGAGGGACUUCACUGAUCUGCUCUUUAAUCAAGAAUUCUUUUUAACUUGAAUGUCCACCAACAACUGUUUUUAUUUUGUCUUUUUGAGAUGUUAGAAAAGCAAGCUCCUGAAGCUAAAAACACUUUGGACUUUAUUUUUUUUUCUCCCAUCUUUGCACGAGUUGCACUACUGACCGAGUUGUACAAAUAUUCACCUGUACAUGAGUGUGGUGCUCAAUAAAGCUUGGUAUACUUCUA